AGCCAUUUUGGUUCAAUCGUUCUUCAGCGGGUCGAUCAUACUCACAGAACCCGCCCGCAGCAGCAUCUUGCGUUUGGCCGCCGAUGCCAAUGGCCCUGGUGGCGUAUUAUAAUGUUAUUGCGGUCGAGCGGCUGGGCAAUGGAGCUCAUGUCUGGGAAGGCGCAGCCGGGACUUCGAUCUCAUCUCAGCGUUGGUUCUCUCCGAGCCGAGGUCAGGCGUCUCGGAGAGCAGAAUCAUUGGCGCGCGGCGUUGCAGAUGUUCCGAGACGCGCUCGGCUCGCGCCACCGAGUCGACACUGUGCUCUACAAUGUCGAGAUCAGCGCCUGCGGGAGGGGUGAGCAGUGGCAGCAUGCGUUGUCGCUGCUCGGCGCGCUGGGGGUGGCGGUGCUGGAGCCAGACGUCGUCAGCUACAGUGCUGGGAUUAGCGCGUGCGAGAAGGGUGGGCGCUGGAAGGAGGCGCUGUGGCUGAUCGAGGAGAUGGCAGAAGUAUCGGUGGAGCCAAACGUCUUCAGUUACAGCGCUGGAGUCAGCGCGUGCGAGAAGGGUGGACGGUGGCAGCAUGCGGUGUCGUUGCUGGGUGACAUGAGGGAGGUGGAGGUGGAGCCGAGCGUUAUCAGCUACAACUCUGGAAUCAGUUCGUGCAUAAAAGGCGGGCAGUGGCAGCGAGCUUUGUGGUUGCUGCGCGAUAUGCGGGAAGCGAACAUAGAGCUGAGCGUCAUCAGCUACACUGUCGGAAUUACUGCUUUCGAGACUGGCGGGCAGUGGCAACAAGGACUGCUGAUGCUGAGUGAGAUGAGUGAAGCGAAGGUGGAGCCUAGCGUCAUCAGCUUCAGUUCUGGUUUCACCGUGUGUGAGAAGGGAGGGCAGUGGCAACUGGCGUUGUCGCUGCUCAGGGAGAUGUCAAGGGUGACGUUGCCGCCGAACGUCGUCAGCUUCAGUACCGUGAUCAAUGCCUGCCACAAAUGUGGGCAGUGGGAGCGGGCCUUGUCUUUGUUCGGCGUAAUGGCUAAAGCGACAGUGGAGUUGGACACCAUCUGUUGCAGUGCGGGAGUUACCGCGUGUGAGAAGGCUGGACGCUGGCAGCAGGCUUUGUGGUUGAUCCACGACGCGUCAGCCGCCACUUUGAAGCUGGAUACCGCCAGCUACAACGCUGGAAUCAGCGCGUGUGAAAAGGGUGAGCAGUGGAAGCGAGCGCUGUCGCUGCUCCGUGAAAUGUGGCGAGGGAAGAUGGAGCUGGACGUUGUCACCUUUAGUGCUGGAAUCAGCGCGUGCGAGAAGGGUGGCCAGUGGGAGCGAGCACUGCUGUUGCUCGGCGAAAUGAGGAAGGCGAGGGUGGAGUCGAACGUAAGCUCCGAUUACAAUGCAGGGGUCAGCGCGUGUGAGAAAAGCGGGCAGUGGGAGCGCGCAUUGUUGUUGCUCAGGGAAGCGGACGAUGCGGUCUUGAUGUUGGAUGCUGUCAGCUACAGCGCCGGCAUCACUGCCUGCGGGCAGUGUGCUCAGUGGCAGCAGGCGUUGUCGUUGCUCAGUGAGAUGGGGACAGCGCAUGUGGAGCCCAACAUCGUGAGCUUCGGCGCUGCAAUCAGAGCGUGCGAGCAAGGAUGGCAGUGGCAACGGGCGUUGACGCUACUGGGGAAUAUGCGGGAGGCAGAUCUGAAGCCAGACCUGAUCUGCUAUAGCACUGGAAUCAGCGCUUGCGAGAGAGGGGGAUAGAUGCAGCGCGCAUGGCCAUGGACGAAUGCAAUGGGCGUCGGAGAUGGAGUGGCCGUAUGGAGUCGACGGGCGCACGCAGGAGAUGGGCAGUGGCCGUUUGCUUCCACUGUAGAUCGGCCAGAGGAUGUGAACAAGUCGGUGAGGGGAUCCGCACGUAUUCCCCAGGCGGCGAGUUGACGUGUGUUGGAUGCUCGCCAUCAGAAGUAGAUGCCCUAUAUGAAGCGGAGGCAGCGAACCCUGGACUCGCGUCUUGAAGACCUUCCCUGUGACUGGGCAACGCGAGAACGACCACCCAGACAAGUCGAUUGAGGAAUUCUGCGAUGGUUCACUUGCGACGUUGCCAUUCGCAGUGUGCUGGUGCAGUCCUCCCUUGGUGUCGCUAAUCGACGUAUUUUUUGCAGAGUGCAUUCGGUAAUUUUCGGUAUUGCUUCAUUUGCUCUUCCGCCCAGUUCCACUCGGAAUGCGGUAAUGUGCGCACGUGGAGUGCCCAAGCAGUUUUUUUAUCAAAUGGCGUUUUGCUAGAUAGGAGGGUUCUGUCUGUCCGUCUGUGCGAGCAUCCCCACAACGCCUACGCGAUGGACUGUCUGCUCGCCAGGGCAUCGGCAGUGCCGACGCCCUCACGCGCGGCGAGGGUGCUGCCGGCGCAGCCUGGCUGUGUAUCGCACUGAGCCGCGCUUGCCGGUCUGUCUUGCGAGGAGGAGGGGGCGUGCAGACGGAGAGGAACGGAG